UCCCAAAUGCAGACAGGGCAGAGGGACGGAGCCAUUCACUCGCCCGCGAUCCCGGAGCAAACGUGGGGGAAGACACACUGAGUAAAGAGAAAAGACAGGGAAAAAAACAGAGAGGACUGAACCCAAAAGAUAAAGUUGUGCAAACCGAAAAAGAAAAGAAGAAGAUCCGUGAGCCGGCUGGAUUUCCAGAGGCAUCGCUUCAAGUUGUACAGCCAGCAAUAACGCAUUGUCAAGACAGAGCUCUCUCUCACGUCACCCGACUGAAGGACUCUGCCACAAGAUUCCACACAAGAGGUGUGCUUGAUGUGACGCCAGCGGGCUGGCUCCGGGAACACUCCUUCAAUACGAUGUAGAGACCAAACCAGACACAACAAGAGUCAGAAAGACAGUGUGGAAGAAAGGGGUGACUUAAAGCGGCACUGGACGGAGCUGAGAGAGUCACAGAGGCCAGCAAAGGAACGGCUGCAGCAGCUGCACAAGAACAACACCAGCUGAAGAUAAGAAGACAGAAGGAAAGAGAAAGGCACAGAGAGAGAGAAAGAAAGAGAAAGCGGGAAGCAGAAGACUGUGAAUCAUUGACCUGAACUCCAUAUACUCCACCCUCCUCCGGUUAUUGUGGAUCCUUCACUUGCUCUCACACUCCCACCGGAGAAGGAUCACAGCUUCCCCUCUCUCUCUCUCCCAGCGAUCCCAGGGGCCCCUGAUCCACAAUCCACCUUUGGACCACUGAACAGUAUUGAAGAUUCAAAUCCUCAGACUGAUUUAAUCAAUCUUUGAUCUGAAGAAGGACCAGCAGACGCCGUCACUAUGUGCCAUGUCAUUGUCACCUGCCGCUCCAUGCUGUGGACUCUGCUGAGUAUUGUGGCUGCUUUCGGCGAGCUCAUUGCCUUCAUGAGCACCGAUUGGCUGGUGGGCUUCCCCCGCACACCUGAUGCUGUCUUUGGCCCCCAUGGGGCUACCACAGCCGGAGAGGCCUACAGGCCCACCUUGGGUAUUUAUGGUCGCUGUAUAAAACUGCCACACCUGCGGCGUGGAAUACUGUGCGGGCCGUAUGCGGUACACUUUGGCGAGAUUGCCAGCGGGUUCUGGCAGGCCACGUCUAUCUUCCUGGCGGCGGGGAUCCUGCUGCUGUGUGCUGUGGCUUUCAUCUCAGUCUUCACCAUGUGCUUCCAAAGCAUCAUGAAGAAGAGCAUCUUCAAUGUGUGUGGAUUGCUGCAGGGCAUCGCAGGUCUGUUUCUGAUCCUGGGGCUGAUGCUGUACCCAGCUGGCUGGGGUUCAGACAAGGUACAGCUGUACUGUGGACCCGAUGCAGCUCCAUACCGGGCCGGGCUGUGCUCCAUGGGCUGGGCCUUCUACACUGCCAUGGGUGGCACCGUGCUCACCUUCAUCUGUGCAAUCUUCUCCGCGCAGGCUGAGAUCGCCACAUCCAGUGACAAAGUCCAGGAGGAGAUCGAGGAAGGCAAGAGCCUGAUCUGCCUCCUCUGAGGCUCAAUCACUUUUGUCAAGUGUGGAAAAGAAAAGAAGGAGGAGAGAGAGACAGAGGGGCCAAGAAAGACCAACUGCUGCUCUCCUGUCCUCUCCCUUGGGGCCAACCAGUGAAUAGGAGGCUCCUGCAUUGUUUACCACUAAGACUGACUCUCUUUGACUAUGUAUUGUGUUGAUGUGGGAGAAAUCUACAAGUGCCAAGCUUUUUCUCAGUGUGUGCGUGUGUGUACUUUGUCUUUCUGCCACUAGAGGUGCUGUUUCUGUGUUAUUGUAUUCAUGUUAAUCAUGUGGAUGCCCAGUGAGGCUUUGUCUGUUGCCACAUGUUUUGUAAAUAAGUGUGUGUAUAUAUACUGUACAUAAUAAUGAUCAGAGAAUGAAGGUCAGCUUCAUCCAGGCUGGACUGAUGAUGUCACUCUUGCCUUAAAACACUGGUGUAUUGUUUUUUUUAUCACCAGACCACGACCAGCAAACCUGGAUUUAGUUUUCUACCUGUUUUCCAGGUGUGAGUAAUAGCUCUACAAGGGAACCACUAAUCAGUAAAAAUAAACUACUCACAGAAAUGACCUUAGCUCAGAGUGGCUGUCCUUUAAAGCUUACAGAAUGUACUGUCAUUUGAAUGACUAAUGUGUUUGCUGACCCUUGAAAUGUAUUGAUGGAAAACACCUCACCGAUGAUGCUUCACAUGGACUGCAUGAAAUCAAAGAGAGAGUCUGUGGUGUGUGUUUUUAUGUGUGAGAUAUGUAUUUUCCUCCAUUUUUGCAAAAUACUGAAAAAAAAAAAAAUCAGUUCAGCUUCAUUUUAACCGAAACUUUAAAAUGAUCGGCUCUCUGUCUGGUCCUCGUUCAGCAGACAUCCUGUAAUCUGUGCACAAAGACAUGGACUGAGUGAUGAGGACACGCAUAUGAAGUAUUGUUAUUAUUAUUAUUAUUAUUGUAAUUGUUGUUAGUGUCUGGUUUCAGGGAGGGUCCUUGUUCUUGAGGCUCUAGUCAGAACUGGAGUCUGUUCAGUCAUAGAUAGUGUCCUAUCUAUCCCAAUUUGUUUCUGCCAAAUCAAUAAAGAGAAGGAGA